UUAUCGGCAGUAAUCGGUGAGCCACCACCAAAACGACUUCCAAUAAGAAAACAUUAACUCAUACAAAGUAAAGACAUUUUUGGCGAAUCUUAACGAAAUUCAACAUUUAUAAGCAUAUUAAAAUGCGUACUAGCCUAUUGCACCAACUAAAAAGUGCGCAAUAGAUUGACAAAAAACAAACUCAAUCGAAGAUAAAUUUUCCAGCCGUGAAACUGUAUAUGUGGGGCCCACGGCCAUGGAGGAGAAUAUGUGGAUAAUUGAACUGGAGUCAGCACUGCUGGACGACUGCAAUGUGAAUGAUAUUUAUAGCAUUUGCCAGGGGAAGCCUCUGCCCGAGGCUUUGCGUCCGGAUGUUUGGCAAGUGUGUCUCGAUGUGCGAAAUAAGAGCGAUCAAAUGUCUCAUUUCAACGAGAUCUACGAUUUGCCCUUUCAAAGUCAACUGCGCGAGGAUUGUCAGCGGUAUGUGGAACGCAUGGGCAACGAUGAGGAGGACAAAGUGUCGGUUGUCUCCGAUCUGGAAUCGAUAAUGACCUUCUAUUGCAAGAAUCGCAAUUUGCAAUAUGAGCCAGAUAAUGGUUGGAUCGAGCUGCUGUUGCCGCUCUUCGCGCUCAAAUUGAAUCGAUCGGACACCUUCAAUAUAUUCGAGGCCAUACGGGAUACGUAUAUACCCAAAGGCUGCAAACCUAAGGGCAAUGUCUUCCAUGUAUUUCGUUUGCUGUUGCUCUAUCACGAUCCGGAACUAUGCACUGUGCUGGACACCAAAAAGAUCACACCGGAUCUGUACUCCUUGACGUGGUUUCAAUCGCUCUUCGCGUCCUGCAGCAGUCUGUCUGUGAUUAUUGCCAUGUGGGAUUUGUAUUUCCAGAAUGCAGAUCCAUUUAUGGUCUUCUUUCUGGCUUUGAUUAUUUUAAUUAAUGGACGCGAACAGAUUAUGUCCAUGAAGGACUCCACGAAAGAGGAGAUCAUCAAGUUUCUUAUCAACAUGCCUUGCGCCCUGGAGGUGGACGAUGUGCCAGACUUCUGCUCACUCGCCCAGUACUAUGCACUUAAAACCCCAACGUCCUUCAAGACAGAUUAUCUGAAGGCUCUUUAUGGCAAACAGAAUGAUACGCCGCGCAGCCAGGAGGAGUCCAAUAAGGUGUCCCAGGCAUUGUGUCUGCCCGUUUCCGUCUAUGAACUAGUCGAGAAUUCGGCCACAGAGUUUCCAGUGCAGGAUUCCGUACGUUUCUUUCUUGUGGACUGCCGUCCAGCCGAACAGUACAAUGCGGGCCAUUUGUCCACGGCAUUUCAUCUCGACUGCAAUUUGAUGCUGCAGGAGCCAGUGGCCUUUGCCACUGCCGUCCAGGGUCUGCUCACCGCCCAGAAACAGGCCAUCGAAGUCAAUUCUAAUGCGGGCGGCGAACAUUUGUGCUUUAUGGGCAGCGGCCGUGUGGAAGAGGAUCAAUAUACGCACAUGGUGGUGGCUUCAUUCCUGCAAAAAAACACACACUACGUGUCCUUGCUAACCGGCGGCUAUGCCUCCAUUCACGAUUACUUCGGCGAGCACAUGGCCGACUGCCUGGAGGAUCACAGUGUCAGCAAAUGUCUCGUGUGCCAGCAGCACAAUGCCAAGCAGUCCAAGUCAACGAUGCUCAAGGUAUCGACACCCUCAUCUACAGAUCUAUUCAGUAAAUUCUCCGCAGCCAUGAAAUCAAAAUCAGCCGAGGUUAAAGGCCGACUGAUGGACAUCAUUGUAAAUCCCAAUUCGAAUGGCGCCGGUGCUGGCGCAAGUGGAGCCACCGGCAAUGGCGCUGGCCAAACACAUGCGGUGCAGGAACGUCAUGUCAGCGCCAAGGAGCGCAAUGGCAAACGCUAUCGCAAUGUGGCGCCGGUUUUCAGCAUCGAUGAUGAGAACGAGGACGCUUACGAUCCAGCGGAAAAGGAUGCACCUCAGCCCGCUGGCGUUAGCAAAGAGAUUGUCAAUCUCAAUCAAUAUUUCAAGACGGCGGACAUUAUAAACGCAUUCAAAUGCCAGGACGUACACAUCAAUGGCUAUAUGUACGAUAGCCAUCUAAUUAUAACGCCCACACAUUUGGUGGUGCUACGCGAAUUGGGACGGGGCCAGGCCCAGAUCAUGGUGCGUCGUCCACUCGCUAGCAUUGUGAAGAUCACCGCCAAGAAGCGACAUCGCGAUUUGAUAACAUUCAAAUACGGUUUUCCCGACGGUGAUGGUUUGCUCAUAACCGAUAUGGAUCGAUUUCUGAUACCAAAUGCCACAGAGGCCACAGCUAUUGUCUCCAAGCAAAUAAUGCAUGUGCUCAACAAGGCAAAUUAGAGAAAUCAAUAGAUCAGUCCACACUUAACACACCCACACACGCAUAAACAUUAAUCUGUUGCCCCUGUAUCCCUUGCACACAAACACAGACACACAUACCUUUUCUAGUUAUAAAUUUAUUGGCAAUUGUUUCCUUGGAUUAGCCUACAAAUUGUAGUCUUAGCUUUUCUUUUUAACUAAAUUGGCAACUGCUAUAUAUUUUCUUAUCUUCCUUUUUGUUUUAA